UGCAUGCCCUUAACAGAGGAAAUUCACAGCUUGGGUGCGUUUCCGCCGAAAAACCGACAUGAAACCAUGCAUUUGAUUCCGGCCGCAAACAACGCCCUUAUCACCGAGCCGUCUGUUUAUCACAAAUUCAGCUUUGGUUUCGGUUCUAUCGCGACCUUCUAGAAAUCAGUCCUAAAAAUUUAGAAAGUAAAAUUAUGUAUAAUAUCCGUCUUAAACUAUGAUCCUAGCCUUACCAAAAAUUGAUAAUGAAUUAAGGGAUAAAAUAUAAAUUCAAAGACACGCCCCAGUAUGUCGUCGGUCCCUUUUGUCGCCCGCAAGAGAGGAAACCGUCGUUUAUGCCUGGAAAUUAGAUAACUUUUGUCGGUCCCUCCGCGUAUGUAUCGCGCUUUCCGCCGUUAACCACUGCCUUCACGCAACUCCUCGGUGUCGGAAUAUUUUUUUACAUAUAGUUGCAAAAUAUGGAUUUUGAUUUUGACCUGAAGGCACUCGAGCUCACCUUGGAGAGUCUCGGUGACCUGAGUGGCUUCCCACCCCCUCCCGACCUGGACGAGCAACCUGAUCUUCCACCCCCUCCCCCCGCAGACUUGGACGACAAACCUGAUUUUCCAGCCCCUCCUCCGGCCAUUCCGGAGGACGAACCUGAUUUUCUACCUCCUCCUCCAGACUUGGCUGAACUGCAGCCGCCGCCGCUGCCCAAGUCCGCCCGCCCAACAGCGGCGAACCCCGCAGUGGGCAGAAUGAUGGUCGGGGCGCGCGGAGGCUCCGAGCUGGGCAGCGACACCGAACACCUCGCCGAGCUGGCCGCCCUUCUUUCCACCGAGCUGCCCGAGGGCCGCGCCAGUCUGUCCGACAGCCACCAAAACCUGCAGCGGGUGGCCGAGUACUGCGAGGAGAAUUACUACCAGUCGGAGAACAAGCGGGCGGCCCUCGAGGACACCAAGAGCUACACCACACAGAGUCUGGCGUCGGUGGCCUAUCAGAUCAACACCCUCGCCUACAACUUCCUGCAGCUGCUCGAACUGCAGGGCUCGCAGUUGGCUGACAUGGAGAGUCAGAUGAACCAUCUUUCUCAAACGGUGAUGAUUCACAAAGAAAAAGUGGCACGGCGAGAAAUAGGAGUGCUCACGGCCAGCAAGACAACAAACCGCCAGUUCAAGAUAAUCGCCCCGGCCAAUCCUGAGAAGCCAAUCAAGUAUGUCCGUCGGCCCAUCGACUACAACGCCCUGGACAACCUGGGCCACGGGGUUCACUCGCCCGCAAUGUCGCACAGUCAGCAGGCGACGGCGAUCGCUCAGGGUGGCACCCCUCGCUCAAAACGCGGCUCCAGCCAGGGCGCCAUUGUCACCUCGGCCAUCCAGGGCCAGACCGUCGGCCCACCGCCCACCACCAAGCCGCCGACGCCUCCUCAGGCCAUCCGCAACAUGGGCACCCUGAGCAAAGGUUCGCGCGAGUACAGGACGCCCCCGGCGGUGGCGCCGCCCCAGGUGCCCAGCCACUACGCCCCCAACUUCCCCAUGGGCCACCCGAGACGCAGCAUCGAGCAAAACAGGGGCGUUGUCGGCCUCGGCCCUGGCUACAGCACCCUGCCCAUGCAGCCCACCAGCCAGCUGCUCACCCACACCCUGCCGCACCCCCACCACACCUCGCACCACCAGCAAAAUCCAAAUCCCUCAUGUACGUCGGCCCCAGGACCCCCUCAGAUCGGUAUGGUGCAUCCAAUCAACCAUGGGAACCAGUCUCACAACCAAAACCACCCGCAAACGCCGCCUCCACCUCCGCCCCCAACAUCAGGAGGUCCGCUGCCCAGCAGCUUCCCGCUCGACACUCACAUGAGCAUGCCUCCUCCGCCAUCUCCUUUGGUGCACCAGGGAGGUGGUGUGGAUGACCUGACUCACCAUCUGCAUAUGAUGAGAGGUGGCCAGGGCUCGCCGCCACUGCCGCCGCCUCCAAUGCCUGAUUCGCAGCAGCUGCCCCCUUCGUACGGCUACGGACGAAGCUCGAUGGGAAUUGUGCCUGAAGACGCCGGACUGCCCGGAUGGGUGCCAAAGAAUUACAUGGAGAAAGGUAAUAAAUUUGUUGCUAUUUACGAUUACUACGCAGACAAAGAGGACGAGCUAAGCUUCCAGGAGAACUCAGUCAUCUACGUGCUGAAGAAGAAUGACGAUGGCUGGUGGGAAGGUGUGAUGGACGGAAUCACUGGCCUCUUCCCUGGCAACUACGUUGAGCCUUGUGUUUAACUCAAAAGUAUAAAUAGCGAAUUUCCUCUCAUGCUAUGCUAUUAAUUUUAAUUUGAAUGGUGCAUUUGUAUGAAGAACCGUCAACAUUUCCCUCUCCUGUUUCUUAACCUUACAUUUUCUCUGCACGCUAGCAAGCAAUAUUUAUAAUAAAAUCGUAAGAACAUGAGUAUCAAAA